AUGUCCAUCGAAAUAACUCUCGGUAUCGUACUUCCAGUCAUCGUGGUGAUGCUCAAGUUCAUCCCAGGACUUCUCCAUCGUUGUUAUUUACGCUGUGGUCGACAAGAAGACACGGACACAGAGGCACAGAUCGAUCUUGAAGUAGGCAGCGGUGUAUUGCUCUCACCCGAGCCAUACCACAUGACGUGGUCGACACCGGAGGCCCAGGCAUUAUCUCCGUUCGAUACCCCGACGACAGCAACACCGGAGCUUCGCGUUAUCGAGAGACCGCCGCGAUCCCCCAAGGUUAUGACAAGUUUGGUCUCUCCGAUCAAAACUGGAUGCAGUCCGCCCAAGCGAACACUACGAGGCGAAGAACAACUUCCACACUCUCCUGUCAUCCCCAACACCCUGUCAGCAGCAACGAAUCCGUUCCGGGCGUAA